AAAAUAAAGAAACAAAAGCAUUGUUUGACUUUAUUAUGCCUGGUUUUAAUUUGCCAAAACAUAAAAUAUUAGGAGGAAGAGUAUUAACUGAAGCAUCAAAAAACCUGCAAGAUGAAAUUUUAAAAAUUGCACAAAAUGAUAAAAAUAGUGUUACUACAACAUUUGAUAGUUGGACUAAUGUGAAGUAUGAACAUAUCUGA